UUUUUGUGGUUCUUAUUUUAGAAGAGGAGGUGGGUUAAAUUGAGGUCUGUCGUGGCUUUGGUCCCGUGGUCCUAAACGCACCACAGCUUGUAUUAGCCAAGGCAAAUCGUGGGUAGUUUACGUACUGCCAAAUAAAUCCGAGAUUUGAGUUGAAGAGUUCAAAUUAAUGUUGUGGCUUUAGUUAAACCCAUAUAAUUGCGUAGCUGAAUGACAGCGCUUUGUCCUCUACUUUGACGACCUGCUGUGAAGAGGUCAGCUGUGCGUGUUUUCUAUGUACUGCUGCUGAAUGAAACAGGGUCUUUUUGUCCGCUUAGCAGCUGAAGGCGUUGCAGCUGCGGACAGGAGAUUAAUCCUUAAUGUUUAUAACACAAGCGAGGGAAAACUCUGUUGGAAUAAAGCCUGGUUUAUCCUAGUGCACUAUAGGUGCAAAUCUGCAGUAGAGAAUAUUUAAAAGCACCUUUUAGAGCAGGGGUGUCAAACUCAUUGCACUACGGCCUCGGUAGAUGUCAUGUGAGCCGGACCAUUAAAAUUAUACCAUACUCUGCUAUAAAUAACCAAAAUAUCAUUUGCUUUAUUUUGGUGUAAAAGAAGCAUAAGAAUGUUAGGAAAAUGUUAAAAUUUAAUGAACAUACCUUUUACAAAACAUUUCAUGAAAUACAUCAGAUUUCCUUAGACAAAUAUGUGCAAUUUGCGUUCAUUACUCAUAUAUGCGUUGCAAACAAAGGCACAAAACUUUUAACAAGUAAUUGGUAUUGAAAAUAUCGUAAUGCACUUUAAGAUGAAAUGAGAUUUCUAAAGAAAUUUUAAAACCAUUACACAUGUGCAUCCAAAAUCUAAAUUUAAUCCCUGCGAAACUAAGGAGAGCGCCAUUACAUGUGUAAAGAAGUAUUCACAUGUCCUGUAAAUGUGUAAACUUCACACAUGAAAUACACAUACAAUACAAAACUCAAUAUUCAUGGAGUUGCAUGAACAGUAGAAUUCCACUGUACGUUUUUGUCAUGAAGUUGCUGACUAACAUUAAAUUGCACAUUUUUAAAAUCACAGUGAGGAUUCAUCUUCACAGAGCUGUAAUUUUGCAAUGCAAACAGUAUCUAAGGUAGCAUUUUAAAGGCGUUAGUCUAGUCUGGACUUGUUUUUGUUCCUUAUACGUGCUAUCUUUUGGCCUGUACAAGUGCAUGCUGUUGUCUACUUCUCUAAUCAAAACAAUGUUGUCUUCUACUCUGAUCAAAACAGACGGACAAUCCAUGAAAUGCAUCUUAUUAAAAAUAUAUUUUUCGCUUUUAAAUUGUCCCGCGGGCCGCUUAUGGCCCGCGAGCCGUAGGUUUGACACCCCAUGUUUUAGCUUGUCUUACUGAUCCUACAUGCUUUAAACCCGUUUAAACACACUUUUUAAAGUACAGUAUUUCUGAGAGCCUGUUGUCACUCUCGCUGUCAAGAAAUGGGAGACUUGUGUAUUAUCACUUUGAGGAAACAAAAGAAGACGCAUUUCCGGUUUUCCAAAAGAGACACAUGGUUGCUUUAGGCUUUUUUUUUGGGGGGGGGCAAUCUCACGUGAAAUCUACUAUAAAACUGGCACAAACGAGAAUAGAACAUUGGAUAUUUCAACGUGAAAAAAAUGCUUAACCAAACUUGGUAGCUUAAUGCUAAUACCGGCCAAAAUGCUGUAAACAGACUAACAGGAAUUAGGGUUGAUUCCUGUUGAUGUUAUGCAAUUCUAAAACUUGAAACAAUGUCUGAUUCACACACGCGCAGAGGAUCACCAAGUACAAACACAUAUAAGCCUAUAAUCUUUCUUCUCUGUGCUGACGACUGUUGGCUAUUUUGUGGUGCCACGUUGAAGGUGUUCAGCUCUAAAUUUGGACUUGGUGAUAGCCCAUAAAAACUUAUAAAACGUGAUUGUUUAAAAAGCCACAAUAUGAACUGCGAUGUACUGGAGGAAGACUAUAUCGCUAAUUUGUGUAUUUUUUCUCACGGAUGCAAACGGUCACUCGAGCGGAAAAGGUCUCCCGGUUGUUCGGUCUCCCUGAAUCCUGCGCCGCUGUCCAACCAUGUGCAGCCCCCUGGCUCUCCGAUGAGCCGCGACCACGCACCCUUGAUGCACUUUAGCGCCCCGGGAGAGCGCCUGCCUGCCCGCAGCUGAUGACCGAAGUGCCUCGGCGCCCCUCCGCGAGUCACGCCCGUACCCCAGAAGGAUGUUCCAGAGGUUCGCCAGCGCCCUGUUCGGGGACGACGCCGCGCCGGAGCCGAGCCGACGCCACCGCCGCGACGUGGAGCCGGAAGCGGAGGAAGACGAAGACUGGAUCCUAGUCAACUUCUUGGCUGACAGCUGCUCUAGCCAGCGCGUCGACAGCCUCUCCGGCUCCGCCGUCGGCCGGGAGGAAGACUGCGACGAUGAUGACGACGACGACCUGGUGAUGAUCCCGUCCCCCGUGGCCAGCCCCCCAAUCCGUUACGCUUCCUGCACCUCCCUCAACUCCACGGCCGACACCGACCCGGACGGCGGCGGCGAAGACGACGAGGGGGAGGAGGAGGAGGAGAGCGACUUCCUGCGUUUGGACGCGUCGUCUCUGGAGGAGAGCUGGUUCGUCACGCCGCCGCCGUGUUUCACCGGCCGCGGGGUCCAGUCGGUCUUGGUGGAGACCAGUCCUCUGGAGAACCUGCUGAUAGAACAUCCCAGCAUGUCGGUCUAUGCCCACCACAGCCCCCCCAGGCUCAACCCAACCCCCUUGCAGCGCUCCCUGGACCUGGAACUGUCCGCUGCCCCCAAGGAGAAAGGCAGGCGUGCUCUGGACGGUGUACGUCACAGGCCAGACGUGUCGGUCCAGCGCCGCGCGGGCCUCCAUCAGUCGGCGUGCUACGCGGCGGCGCUUUGCCCCCGCGCAGGCCUCCUCCCUCAGCGCCCGGGCCUCGCCGGCCAGCCGCUGCUGUCGCGCAACGCCCUGCGCCGCCUCAACCUGCUGCACCCGCCCAAGGCCGGCGCCCCCCACCUGCACCAGCCCAGCCAGCGCCACCUUAACUUCUGAGGACAACGCCGUCGCGUCGGCGUCACACAGCAAAAAAACCAGCAGCACGUCCCGGACGCCAUUUUAACACCCAAAACGUCUGAUUGGGUAAAAAGCAUCGUGGGAGGCCAUUUUGCGUGUCCUCUCCUUCAAUGACUCUUCUUUCUAACAUGUAGACUCAGCGCUGUAGGUCACUUUACUCAGAGGCAGGCUCACUUUUCCCCCGGCGCGCCCUGAUGAUGUCAUCACCAGGCGACCUAUUUGGAUUACUUGAAAACCCCUCGUCACAUUUGCAGGCCAGAAAGCGGGGUUCGAGUUACUGGAUGCUGGUGGGGUCUUUUAUCCACUGUCAGUUAUCGUUAUGGAAUUGAAUUUUCCCAAGUAAAAUGUACUACUAUUCCCCUGCCUGGUCAUGUUUUAGCAUGAUUUGGGGAGCUUCAUGUAGUUCUCUUUAUUCCCAUUGUUGAAACUUCAGAAGUUGAGAACAUGCUGCUUAGCGAAAUUCUGUAAGUAAUCUUUGCCCCCACCUAAAAAAAAAAAAGUUUAGAAGAUGGUGGCAGAGCCCUAGUUUUCUAUUAGACAGGGCUGUGGCCUAAACAGAAAAACUCAAUAGGUGGGAGUUGGGUUACCUGAAAAAUAUAACACUGCAUAUCUGCUAAUGCACGUUGUUAGGAUGUAGCAAAACAUCCAUCCAAUUUUUCUUCAGCGCUUAUCCUCACGAGGGUUGUGGGGAGGGCUGGGGCCGAUCCCAGCUGUCAACGGGCAGGAGGCGGGGUACACCCUGAACUGGUUGCCAGCCAUUCGCAGGGCACUUAGACACAAUCACACCUAGGGCCAAUUUAGCGUGUCCAAUUAAUGUUGCAUAUUUUUGGGAUGUUGGAGGAAAUUGGAGUGCCUGGAGGAAGCCCACGCAGGCAAAAGGACAUGCAAACUCCACACAGGCGGUUCCGGGAUUGAACCCGGGACCUCAAAACUGUGAGGCCAAUGCUUUUACCAGCUAACCCACCGUGCCCCUAUAGCAAAACAAUAUAUUGGAUUAUUUUCCCCCCAAAUGUGUGAUUUAGGCUAAUGACUCCGGCCAGAGAUCACUGAUGGUGUAGUGCAAGGGUGUCAAACUCGUUUUUGUCGCAGGCUAUAUUGUGUUAUGGUUUCCCUCAGAGGGCCGUUAUGAUCUUUCGCCUUAAAAUCUUUCACCUCAUCAUAAUUACACGUGAAAUUUAUGAGCUAGUUUUGGGAAUUAGAGAUCAAGGUUAAUGGGUUUUUAAAAUAUUGCUGAUGCUUGGGUACACAAUAAUGCUUGCAAUAUCUCAACAUUAUCAUUUAUGACGUGACAAUUUGAUAUUUUGGUAUAGUUUUUAACAAAAAUCAUGGAAGUUCAUAAUCAUAAUUUGCCUUUGUGGGUCACACAAAAUCCUGCGGCGGGCCGGAUCUGGCCCCCGGCCCUUGAGUUUGACACCUGACUUUGCCUGACUUCGGUGCAUGGAGUGUGGGAUCGAUUCCCGCUCGGUGGUGGUGUCGAUAUGUGCCCUGUGACUGACUGGCGACCAGUUUAGGGGGUAGUAUGCCUUUCGCGCAAAGUUAGCUGGGAUAAGCUCCAGCCCUCCUGCGACCCUUGUGAGGAUAAGCAGUUUGGGCAAAAAAAAAUAAAUAAUGGAUAGAGCAACUGCCAUCCCGAAAAAUGGCAAAACAUGCCCACCUGUCUCACUCAGACAGCCGCUGCGGCUUUACACAUUCCGAUGAUUAGUUAUGGGGCGGCGUGGGCAUGACAGCAACAAGUGCUUUCCACGCAAAUGCGGCUUAAAAAAAAAACGAAGCUGGCCACAUCAUUUUUCUGCAAUUCAUCUGCCGUAAAAUGUGAUGUCUUUUUUUUUCCCUCUCUCGAAUGUUUUCCGUACAAGGCUUUAAUUCUGACUCGAACUCUGCUUGAAGGUGAAAAUAUCCUCACAACUUAAACUCAAAUCAGUGUAAAUAUAGAACUCAACUGAUUGUCCUUAUUUUAAAGGAAUAUUCACUCCAGAGCAUCGCGAGGGGAUCGAUUGAGGUGUUAAAAACUGUGGUCCUGCCUCUGAUAUUUUGUCAUUUUCACAUUUUCUUCACAUUAAAAAGAGGAAGAAAAAGUUUUAAAAAAAAUGUUAGAUAUCACUCAACUUGCCUUGUUUAACGGUAGCUUUACGAUGAAUAGAAAUGUAAGAGAAAAUGUAUUUAAAACAAAAAAAAAGUCCAAAAUAUUUUUUUGAAAAGUUGAAAAACAGAUUACAUAUCAGUAUGAUGACGUUUGUGCGUGUGUGUUUGCAUCAGUCGUGGUGGUAGAAUUGUUAGUCCACUAGCGGAAAGAAUUUAAAAAAAAACAAAAGAGAAAAUUGAAAGAAAAAUGUUAUUUUUCUGAUUGUUUUUUUUUUUUUUUUUCCCUGAAUAAAUCUGCAGUCCACUUCUCAGGGUCACAACCAAUCACUUUUUUACACGGAAAAUGCAGAUUUACUUGACAGCUGAUGAAUUUUUUUUUUAUUUUUUUUUUCGUUCAUAAGACAAUUUAGUGUUGGUCCCUGGACUGUUGAUUAAGACUCGUUUUCUUUAUUGUUAUUAUGUCAGAAUAGUUAAAUGACUUGGUAAAAACUAAACCAAAAAAAAAGGGUAGCGAUGAUCUUUAAUCUUUUUGUAUGGUAUUAAAAUGAUGUUUGUUUUUGAGCUUGGCGCUCUUAACAUGAUGAAAAAAAAUUUUGAGUAAUGCUUUGUUCACGUAGGAAACUGUAUCCAUGUUUGUUUGUUUUUUAACUUUUAAAUAUAAUUUCAGUUAAUAUGAAAGAAGUGGGCAGAAGUGAAUGGGCUUAUGGACCAUAAGGCGUGUAUACUAACUAUAAUCCUGCCUGUAUGUACUCGCGUAUUUAAGAUGAUUUUCCCUAAAAUAAACAGUUAUGUGCACAUUUUAAGCAGAUGACAAAGAAAUAACAAAUCAGGACAUGUCUGUCAUCGGCAAGGGAAUCCCGAUGAGGUUUCUCCGGUGCAUUUGGAAGUUUUUUUUUCAUCAUUUCUUGAAUGUCUUGCUAAUUCAGCAAUCUUUUUCUUGCGUGUGUCAUAUUUGUGACAGAAGGGAUCGCAGGUUAUUCUUUUCGAUCAUUCUGUCGUCCUGAAAACAAACAGGGAUUUCUUGUUGUUUAUUUUCAUGUUCAAUGCCUUGAAAAAAAAAUUGUGCAUCAUCACGUGCCUUCCGGGUUGAGAUGUUUUUAUGACAAUGCAUCAAUGAAGAACUUGGCCUUUUUUUUUUUUUUUUUUUUUUUGCCCCGUCUUUGUUUUGGAACAUUCUUCAAGAAAACAAAUGACCCAAACGGAUGUCAACUAUGCACCAGUCUUUCUUUUUUUUGUGUGUUUCUAAAGACUCAAAAGCAACCAGACAGAAUCAUGUAGCAAAACCUCAUUUUUUUUUUUGUUUAUUCAUAAGUGUGAAGAAUAAUACGGUAUGUGGCAUUUUUACUUGUAUCCCCCCCUCCCAUAUACACACACACACACACACUGAGUGUUACACGUUUUUGUUGUGUAGUUUACUGGAAUAAUACCGCACUUUGCCAAAAGAAAAAAAAAAAACAUAAAAAUGUAGGAUUUGUAAGGUUAACUUUUUAUAAAAAUGUAUCUACAUAUCUCUUCUGUAUUUUGUAUAUAUAUGAUUGUUCAAUUCACUUUGCUCGGAAAUCUGUUAUGUGGGGUCGUCUGUUUUCAAACUGUAAUAGUUCCGACGUGUGAUCUCUUACUAGUCGCAAAAUAAAUGUUUUCAU